CUCCGUGAUCGUUGCUCUCACAGGACGGCGCUUCGAGCGCUUGGCAUUCGGACCCGUAUAUUUCAAACGAACCAGCCAGCCAGAGGAUGAUGCAACAACUGCGUGAGUGCUCCGAAAGUACAACAGCUGUCUCACUGGGUUACGUUGCUACAACAAUCGACAUCUGUCCCUUGUAGCGCGUUUCGUCGGACAUGUCCUUGCCUCUUACCCGCGCACUAUGCUUUACAGGUGGAUGACUGGAGCAGUUGUCAUGAACCCGAAGCCUUCGCAGGAUGUCUCUACUGAACCUCUUCGGCGGCCUGCGCCGCCUUCUACGGCGUCGAACGGUGUCCAUCGACAACUGCGUCUUCAGGCUGCACUGGCUCGUGACGUCCCUGGUCCUGGUGACGUUUAGCCUUCUCAUCACGGCUCGUCAAUACGUGGGAGAACCCAUCGAAUGUGUGCCGCCGUCGGACGACUUUCCCAUGUCUGUGCUCAAUACCUAUUGCUGGAUUCACUCCACGUUUACCAUACCGUCGGCGUUUGUGAAGAAAGUGGGUGUCGAAGUCGCUCAUCCCGGUGUGGACAACAGCGGCAGUUGGUUUCAGGACAAGCGUUACACUGCCUACUACCAGUGGGUAUGUUUCACGUUGUUUUUCCAAGCGACGCUGUUCUAUUUACCUUAUUACAUAUGGAAGAACUGGGAAGGAGGGCUGCUCGAAGUGAUCACGAUGGGAAUGCAGGUGGUCAUCAUGGAAGAUCAGGAGCGAACGCAUAAGACGUCGAUCUUGACGGAGUACCUCUUCCGCAACCUCAAGAAACACCAAGUGUACGCGCUGAAAUACAUGUUCUGUGAGUUCCUCUCCUUCGUGAAUGUCAUUGGGCAGAUGUUCCUCAUUGAUCGGUUUUUAGGCGGCGAGUUUUGGAGCUACGGUAUAGAGGUCAUACGUUUUUCACAGAGCGACCAGGAGGACCGCUGGGAUCCCAUGGUGUUCGUCUUCCCUCGAGUCACGAAGUGUACCUUCCAUACGUUCGGUACCUCCGGAGACAUUCAGAGGCACGACGCCCUCUGCCUGUUGCCGCUUAACGUGGUGAACGAGAAGAUAUACAUAUUCAUCUGGUUUUGGUUCAUCGUGCUCGUCGUACUGAGCUCGGUCGUCUUCCUCAUGCGGAGCCUGGUGCUGGCCGUGCCGAGGCUCCGCUUCUACUUCCUCAAGAACAGGUGCCCGCUUGUGGAACCCGCUGAUCUCGAAGUUUUGACGCGGACUGCAAACGCGGGAGAUUGGUUUCUGUUCUACAUGCUCGCAAAGAAUAUUGAUCCUUUGGUGUACAGGGAUGUCAUGUGUAAUCUGGCCAAAAUGAUCGAAAGGAGGCUGAGUGAAAAUGGAGUGGCUCUUAACCAACUGUGAGGAUCAUUUUGUCGAAGUGCUCCGUACGGGCACACUGGCGGACGCGAGGUGUGUGGAUCGACUCGAAGGUACAGAUAUGCUCGAAAACCCACGGAAACCUCAGACAACACAGCCGGUGGUGUAGGAUUCGAACCCACCACCUCCCAGUCUUCAGCACGACCUUGGCUACCACUCGCGAGCGGGUGCUUUUUCCCCGCUAGGCCAUGCCGCUGGUCCUGUGUUUUCCGCUAGCCUUUCCAGGCGAAUGUCGGCGCAGUUCCCUCUGAUGUCGGCCCACGACCGUACGCAUACUAAUCCCCCUGCCUCCCACUCCAUCCUGCUGUCCUCUCGCCAUCUGCCCACCUUCUGUACGCCGCUCGUAGCCAGAGUUGCUUCGCGGUGCUAGCACGGAAUUUAAAAAGAAAACGUAGGGAAAACCUUAUAGACAGUACAGCCAGUAGUACGAUGCGAACCCUCCAUGUCUUCCGGAUUUCAGCACAACCUCGGCUACCACCAACGGGCGGACGCUUUCGUCCACUCGCCCGUGCCGCUGGUCCGUACAGAUUACUGUUGUGAGGAUGUAUUUGUGUUGUUCUUCUUGAUACGAUGUGAGAUGACGCAACUUACAGGUGGCGACGCAUGCACCUGCAUAGCAGGCGUCUAUAUACGUUUGCGACAUGCUGUCAACGAGAACGUCACAUUAGAUUGCUUUCCGUUUAAGCUGUACUACACGGUCCUCGUGAAGGGCAGCGUGUACACACCUGCAGCUUCAGGUUGGACGCUACCGUUACGUUUAAUACAGUGUGCCAUCGCGCAACCUAGCACCGCAGUUUAUCUUUCCUUAUGGGACCGCAAAAAUCCGAGCACGAGUUAUCAAAAAUAAGCGUAACCCGCAUCUCUGGCCGAAACGGGCUGUGGACUUAACUUUGAUAUUUUCGUUAUUGUAUCGGAAAAAUAUGUGAAGAGAGACGCGAAGUGCUCUGCUCAACGAACUAUACGGGAAUGCAUAUACCAAUGUAUCUACAAAAGCUUGUACAUGCUCUUACCUGUCAGUGGUUCUCAACCUUCCUUGCUCCAUGUACCCCUUUCGAUGUUCAGCGAAGCGUUAAUCUACCCCAUAUUAACUACGAAAGAGUGCACGCGUGAAAAUGUAUUGCAUUGCUUCCUCUGAGUUUCGUGAAAGCAUUGUUUGUGGCGAGCGACCUUACGCUAGAUACCGCUUCCAGUUCCUCAGUACCGGCACGGUACUCCAGUACCGUGCGCACCCGUAGGAGCCAUCAUGACAUACCGUCGAGGAACAUGCCAUGUGAAUGAUAUACUACGCAGAGUGCGCGCAUGUACCGUUUGGGGGCGGAUGUUACGUGGUGUAGUUCCCCCCAUGGCACCCCUCCAAAUCCCCCCAAUGGGGAAUCCCCCACCAGCUGAGAACUCAUGUGCUAAAUGAUCACUGUUUUUCAUUGUAUAUACCAUCAGAUUCAGAUCAGUGUAAUAAAUUGUCUUAGCAUAUAGAUGUCACGCGACGUAAAGUCACGUAUAAUUAUUAUUAUUAUUAUUAUCAUUAACGUCUUACCUGUCAUAUCGUUCACAAUCCCUCCAGGGUGAAAGGCUCUGUACUCCAUCGUCGCAAUUGACCAUACGUCUCAUGAAACGUAAAACGCGCGUUUGACUGUGUCUCGAGGACUGUGGACUCUGAACUGUGCCCGCUGUAUUAUGGAUGUAAAAGGGUUCGAACCCGUGAACCUACCAAUUUGGAAUUUCAGGUGGUCAGUGAAAAGAGCCACGUGUAAUUAUUUUGUCCACGCGAUAUUCAUAGUUUCAUCAUGUAUGGAGCUGGAGACCGUUGUGCAUUUUCAUGCCAUUGCAUCAUCCACAAUGUCCACCACCACCGUACUGUUUGCUGCGUUCCUUUGAGAAGCCGUCACGCACGUGCGCAAUACGAACUUCUUGGUGCUUUCGGCACCGUGCAAGCGAAACGUCGCCUACGAAACGAGCCCAUGAUGUGCCAGGUAUUUUGGCUCCUGGCAGAAGACCAGGGACGAAGGCGUCCUCCUGUCUCGUGAUGCCGGCUUCUGGUGAAGCUGUCACUGGACUCAAAAGUUAACGCAAGACUUCAGAAACAUUCCAGCAGAAAGUGUUCAAGGUUGCCUACUGUGGCCCUGUUCCCGGAUGACCGUGCGUCAUGCAGACAAAGUGGAAAAACAGCAAUGCUGCAGCAGUGAUAUUUCUGUAUACGGCACAUGUACUUCAACGAUCAAACGAAACUCAUUGCUCUGCAACAUUAUAUGUUGCGUAUGUUAUUUUUGGUUCAUAAUCUGAGUUAAAACGCAUAGAUUACAAAUGUGCUUCCAUAUCGAUCGCACAUCUCGUGUUUCUUCUUGAAGUUGUCAAGCUUAAAAUGAGAUGUCAAUGUUUCCAGAUCUUGUGUGAGUAAUUUGUUUGCGGUUACGUUGACUCGACCGGUACAAGGAAUUACAGUGUUUCCUUCGAUACUUAAUAUUCCAGUCGGGGUCCUCAUAUACGUUCUCUAUUGCUAUGCACUGCCUGUAUUUGCGACAUUGUGUAGCUCUUUCCAUGGCAUACCUGUGGGUUAUUUGAAGUAUAUAAGUAGUAUUUGGCGUGUGUACAUAUACACUAGACAGUGGAUAACAUCCCAUUUUCAUAUGUACAAAUUCUCACUGUGUUCAGAUUCACUGAUAUGCGCGCACUCAGUAAAGUUUUUUUUUUCAAAUAAACAAACAAGAAUUUGU